CGGCAGUGAAUAUAUUUAUAGCAUUGACAACGCACAUCUCGUACAUACUAAAUUUCAUCACGUGACCAAGGUGUUUGGAAAAAUAAGGAAGAAAAGGUCAAAAUGUUGUCUUCAAAAUUGGCUGUUUUGAGCAGGUUUGCACAGCCGAACAUCCUAGGUUGUGUUUCAAGCAGGCUUUACCAUACUCUUCCUGAUCUGCCUUAUGAUUACAAUGCCUUGGAGCCAUAUAUCUCUGCUGAUAUAAUGAAACUCCACCACUCCAAACAUCAUCAGACAUAUGUCAAUAACCUGAAUGUGGCAGAGGAAAAGCUCAAAGAGGCAAUAGCUACAGGUGAUGUCAGUGGGGCUAUUGCUCUAGGACCUGCGGUGAAGUUCAAUGGAGGUGGACACUUGAAUCACAGCAUAUUCUGGGAGAACAUGUCCCCCAAUGGAGGAGGUGAACCAACAGGAGACUUACUUGAGGCCAUCAUUAAAGACUUUGGAUCAGUUGAAGUGAUGAAGAAUGAUCUGGCGGGGAUGACCGUUGCAAUCCAGGGGUCAGGAUGGGGAUGGCUAGGCUAUAAUCCUACAUCUGGAAGGCUAAGAUUAGCUACAUGUGCUAACCAGGACCCAUUAAAAGCAACUACAGGACUUGUCCCAUUGUUAGGCAUUGAUGUAUGGGAACAUGCUUACUAUCUACAGUACAAAAAUGUGCGCCCGGACUAUGUUAAAGCAAUUUUUAAUGUUAUCAAUUGGGAGGAUGUAAACAGUAGAUAUUCAGAGGCACGAAUGGACAACUAACUACAUGCGCUACUAUAGAUUAUGACAGAAAUUAAUUUAAUAUUAAUAAAAUAAUAAUGUUUCAAACAUUAAGAAGAUGACUAGACAUCAAACCAACAACAUGGAUAAAAUCAAUGGAAAUAAAGACUUUCGUUUUGACUGGAACAGAUUUGGAUAAUGCCAUUGAGUGACCAUGGAUAAAAUAUUGGGAGUGUGGUUUUGUUGAUAGGGAGUGAAAUAUUGUUUAAACUGUGUUCAUCAUGACAAAGUCAUGCAAGAAUGAAUCAGAGGCCAGUAGUUUUUUUGUAGAAAAAUUGCGUCACUUUAUUUCGAAACCACAAUUUAUUGACUCUGAUGAUGUAGUUAGGACAAUAAAAUUAAAAUGUUAUUUUGAUUAGAAAUCUUAUAUUUGUCGAUGGUCAGAUAUGAACCACAACAGUCAUUUGUAUUGAAAAGUAUUAAGCGUAAAAAAUAGAUGUAUUUCUAAAAAA